UAAGUGGAAGAUUUUCACGUAAAAGAGGUUUUAUAAAGAGAAUCAGUCUAUUUUCUUUAGAACGUAACAAAGUAUCUAGUAAUUAAAUUAUUAAUAGGUUAAUUAAGUCAAAAAAAAAAUCAAUUAUUAUAAUAGAUUAUAAUCAUCAUUUACCAUGUCCAGCAUAAGAAGUGUCUCACUAUGGAAUCUAAAUCAAGGAACAUUAACAAUGUGUUCUGCCGAAAUUUUAGGAACGGCAAUUUUAAUAUUUAUAGGAUGUAUGGGUUCUAUUGGAACAUUAGGUUCAUCACCACCACCACCAAUGCAAAGUGCCCUUACUUUUGGUCUUACUGUGAAUCUCAUUAUCAUGAUGCUCGGUCACAUAAGUGGAGCUCAUUUAAAUCCGGCUGUUACAAUAGGAGCUGUUAUUUUGGGAAUUAAAUCCAUUCCCACUGGAAUAUUAUAUGUUAUAGCACAAUUUAUUGGAGCAAUAAUUGGUUAUGGAAUGUUAAUGGUUGUUACUCCGUACAUGCUAUUAGACGAUGGCCUAGGAAAAAAUAAUCCAUUUUGUGUGACGCUUGUACAUCCAGAAAUUUCUAUUUCACAAGCAAUUUUAAUUGAAACACUUUGUACUGGAUGCAUUUUAUUAGGUGCAUCCGCAACAUGGGACCCAAGAUGUGCCCAUACGACUGAUUCAACAGCAUUAAGAUUUGGUUUUUCAGUAGCUGCUCUUUCUUUUGCGGCUUCACCCUACACUGGUUGCAGUAUGAAUCCUGCGAGAACUUUUGCCCCAGCUAUAUUUCAAAAUGCAUGGGAAAAUCAUUGGGUGUAUUGGGUUGGGCCAAUUUUUGGAGCACUUCUAGGAACAUAUACAUAUAAAAUUUUAUUUGGUGUUCCAACGAAAGAAUGUAAAAAGGAUUCUUUCGCUUCAGAGAGUAUCGAUAGAAAAAUUCACGAUGAAAUACUUUAAAAAUUUGUUUCAAAAAUUUUUAAAUUAAAAAAAUUUUUCAUUUAUGUAAAUAUAAUAUAUUUAAAUAAUAAUAUAUACUUUAUAAUGAAUAUAAAAUUAUAUAUUUAUGUAUUAUAACAUAAUUUAUUAAAUGUACAUUUAUAAUAUAAUAAAGUAAAUAAUAAUUUACGUAAA